AUGGCUUCCCAGACACUAUCCAGCAUUGCUAUGGCUCUUGCUGGCAAGACUGCUUCUGUUGAUAUCCCUCACUCAGGUCAGGGCCGCGCAUCGCGACCCGGUCAGCCUGCCAUGCUACCCACGCCACCCAACUCUAUUUCGCCUACUCUGCCUCCCCAAACUUUCCACCGUGUGGCACUGUCCCCAGGUUCCCCACUGUCUACCGUCCCUCAACUGGACUCUGACAUCGACCUCCACGACAGUGUCGAGUGCGCCAACUCCCAGGACGCCCAAGAUGACCUCGACAGCACUGGUGCCAUUACCCCUGCUAUGCUGGCAAAGUACCACCUCCCCGAGAUCCUGCUCCAGCAAGGCCCGCUCGCCAUCCGCCACGUAAUGGGCCACCUCACAACCUCCGUUCCAGGCUUCUCGCGCAUUCCACCCGCCAAAGCGCGCAGACUCGUCGUGGCAGCCCUAGAAGGCCGCGCCAACAACACCAGCGACGUGGUAUUCGAGAAGAUCGGCUGGGGCCGCUGGGACGCGCACCGCCGCGGCGAGCAACGGGAUCUGGCCUCCGCGUCACCCCCAUCCAGCAUAGGCUCCUUCCAGCGCGGCGUGCAGAUCCAAGGCCAGUCCGGCUGGCAGGGCGGCAACCGACACCCUUACCGCAUGAGCUUUGCUGAGUCCACCGCGUUCUCGUACACCGAUGACUACGGGAUGCACGGAGACCGGGACAUGCUGGAGCACGAGGCGGACAAGAUGUCGCUGGACGGUGAAGAGGAGUAUGCUUCGUCUUCGGAGGCGCCGGAUGAGAUCGCGGAGAACGAGUGGGAUGAAGGCGACGAGACCGAUGCAGAGGACUGGGCGCAGAUCGGCGCGGAUGCGUUGCGCGCUCGCUCCAUGAACACCGGCAGUUCCAUGAAUGCUGUGUUUGCAAAGACCCAGCCUUCGGGUAUCUUCCCUGCUAGUACUGCUCCUGCUCCCCGUAUCUUCGACCACCAGGAACGCGCCGCUGUGGAGGCGCUUCUCCGUCUGGGCUCGGUGUGA